GGCGGUUUUUUAUUUAGUUUAUAUACAUGGGAAACCGCUAAACCGAACAAGAAUCGUGACAGCUUCAAGAACAGUUGGAAAAAACAUGCGGAGUUUGUGGCUCCGUUGCUUGUUUUCGAAGGCGGCGAAUUCCUCCACAGAAUCCAGCGGUGCAAGCGACCACAGUCCGGCCCUUCGCCACCACACAUUCUUCAUUCCUUCCCUUCUCCUCCACGCAGUCCCUAACCCUAUCUCCCGCAUUCUUCCUCCACAAUUUGUCUUCCUAUCUUCCAUAGGUUUUCAGCGGUCUGUGCCCUAGAAGGGAAUCGGGAGGAGAAAUGCGGACGGCGAGGGUGAUGGGAUGGGCUGCCGAGGCCGACGCGACGUUGGGAUUGGCGGGAAUGAUCGCUGGGAUUGGAUUACGGUGGUGGAACGAGAUUAAUGAAUCGGAUGAGUGGCAGCGAUGGUUGUACUACACACUUUGCGGUUGCUAUUGUUUUAACUCUCUGGUUGCGCUGGUACAAAUUAUUCGCAUACAGCUCAGAGUUCCAGAAUAUGGCUGGAAAACCCAAAAAAUUUUCCUCUUGAUGAAUUUUAUCAUCAAUGGAUUGCGUGCUGUUCUCUUUGGGUUUUACCAAAAUGCUUUUAUUCUCAAACCUAAAGUACUUGAGAUAGCACUUUUUGAUCUUCCCAGUCUACUGUUCUUUUCGACAUACACUCUACUUGCGCUUUUCUGGGCAGAAGUUUAUCAUAAGGCUCUAAGUCAACCCGCUGAUAAGCUUAGACCUGCUUAUUUAAUAAUUAACUGUAUCGUGUAUUUGAUACAGAUUUCUAUUUGGGUGUAUAUGCAAGCUAGUUCAAGGUCUAUUGCUAUGGAUAUGGCUAAGCUCUUCUUGUCAGUUCUCUCAUUCUUUGCUGCUUUGGGCUUCCUAAUGUAUGGUGGAAGGUUGUUCUUAAUGCUGUGGUACUUUCCUCUUGAUUCCAGAGGCCGAAGAAAAAAGCUGAAUGAGGUUGGCUAUAUUACUGGGAUAUGCAGUGCCUGUUUCCUGAUAAGAUGCAUUAUGGUUGCAAUUUCGGAAUGUGACAAGGAUGCUGACAUUGAUGUUCUCGAUCAUCCAAUCCUAAACUUCAUUUACUAUAUGCUGGUUGAGAUUCUUCCAUCUGCUCUGGUGCUUUUCAUCCUGCGGAAGCUACCCCGCAAACGAGUUUCACACUGCUUUCACACAAUUUACUAAAAGCUGGGUCUCCCUUUUGAUCUGUAAGAAUUCAAAACUGAAGUCUUCAUCAGAAACUCUGGCGUGUGCUUGCUGUUCAGUGAGGCCGUCGUGCACCAUUAGGAAGCUGACAUUUUUGUCGGCAACAAAUAGAGAUAUUGCAAUCUAUGGCCCAGUUAUCAACGUGUUUCUGUAAAUUGUGUUGAUAUGUCGUCAUUUGCUAUGUUUUGUUCUAUUUUAUUUAUUUUUUUUAAGGUUAUUGUUAUUUUAAA